AUGGCGUCAGAAAGAGGCAGCAGAAAGGACAAAAACCAGAACAUUCAAGUGUUCGUUAGACUAAGACCAUUAAAUCAACGUGAAAAAGAUAUCAGAUCUUUAGGUGUAGUUGAAGUUCUUAACGGAAGAGAAGUGAUAGUCCGUCAGUCCAACCAGAGUUCACACAACAAGAAAUUUACCUUUGAUCGAGCCUUUCCCCCGCAGAGUAAACAGGUUGAAAUAUACCAGGAAGUGGUGAGUCCCUUGAUAGAAGAGGUGCUAGCCGGUUACAACUGCACUGUUUUUGCUUAUGGCCAGACUGGAACUGGUAAGACACAUACUAUGGUGGGAGAGGCAGCACAGAGUGAGACUACAUGGCAGAGUGAUCCUCAAGCUGGUAUCAUUCCACGAGCUCUUAGCCAACUCUUCGAUGAGCUGCGUCUCACAAACACUGAGUACACAGUGCGCGUAUCCUACUUGGAACUGUAUAAUGAAGAGUUAUUUGACCUACUCUCAUCUUCUGAAGAUAACUCUAAGUUGAGGAUCUAUGAGGAUGUAACUCGAAAAGGAUCCAAUAUUGUUAAUGGCUUAGAAGAAAUUACUGUGUACAAUAAAAACGAAGUUUACAAAAUAAUGGCGCAAGGCCAAGAGCGCAAGCGAGUCGCGUCCACCCUGAUGAAUGCUCAGUCUAGCCGCUCCCACACAGUAUUCACAAUUGUAGUGCACAUGAAAGAGAAUAGUCCUGAGGGCGAAGAACUCGUGAAAAUUGGGAAACUAAACCUGGUAGACUUAGCUGGAUCUGAAAACAUCAGUAAGGCGGGAUCUGACAACCCAGCCAAGAGAGAGCGCGCCAGAGAGUGCGUUAAUAUAAACCAAUCGCUGCUGACCCUCGGAAGGGUCAUAACUGCCCUGGUAGAAAGACAUCCGCAUAUCCCAUACAGAGAAUCAAAACUCACGCGUAUUCUUCAAGAAUCCCUCGGCGGUCGAACGAAAACCUCUAUUAUUGCAACUGUUUCGCCGGGACAUAAAGAUCUAGAAGAGACUCUGAGUACACUAGAAUAUGCGAACAGAGCCAAGAAUAUUCAGAAUAAGCCAGAGGUUAACCAAAAGAUGACAAAGAAAGCGAUAUUGAAAGAGUUUGCGGAGGAAAUCGACAAACUCAAACGGGAUUUACAAGCUGCCCGGGACAAGAAUGGGGUAUACUUGGCCAACGAGACAUAUGCCGAAAUGACAUUCAAACAAGAAGAACAGAGGAAGGAGAUACAAGAUUUGAUACUGAAAAAACGGGCCAUGGAGGAAGAGAAGGACCGAGCUGAGAAGUUGUUCAGCGAGCUCAAUGGACAGCUGUCUGCUGAGAGACAGCGCAGGGAGGACGCCUAUAAUCGACUAUGUAAAACUGAGACUCGGCUCGCUGAUACAACUGACAUGCUAGAAAAAACAAAACAACACUUCCAAGAACAAAAACAUCUGGUGGAAAAACAUCAAGAAACAGAACGCAAUUUGUCUACUCAAGCGCACCAAAUACUGCAAGCUGCAGACUUGGCCACCGACGACGCCAACCGCUUGCAGGACUCAGUCGAUAAACGAAGGUCUUUAGAGUCCACAAAUUUAGAAAUCACUCGUACCUACCGGGAAAUGUCAGCGCAACACCGACAAAACAUCGCGCGUGGUUCAAAACGACAUCAGGCUGACAUUAAUGCAGCCUUACUCGAAAUACACGACGCCGCCGAUAAAUACACAAGUAGCAGCUGUCAAAUAAUGCUGCAAAAUAAGCAGCAUCUCGAUGAUAUUACUAAAUCAGAGAACGAUACGCGUGACAAGCUUACAUCGCUCACCCGAGACCUCUCCUCACUGCUCGACAACGGGACGUCUGAGGGCAAGCGACGCUCGGCCUCCGCCUUGACAUCGCAUCGAGAGGAAAUACAAGCAGUAUUCGUCGAUUUCUCUAGAUGUCUGUCUGUUUGUUUGCAACGCGCUUCUGACUUCGACAUGUGCGGUGAUCUAGAUAAAUUCCUUCAAUAUUGGCACAGCGGCACGAGCGGUCUCACGUCGUCUCUCGCGGCGACGACGUCCAGCUGGGUGCAGACGAGUCGCGACACGACCCACGUCGUCGCCACCAUGGCGCGACGUCUCGACGAAUUACUGCAACACAGACGCACCGCCUUCGCUCGACGGGUGCAAGAGAAACUUACUCAAAUAACAGAAGAAAAAAGAGAAGCAGAUCGACGUAUAUCUAGGCGAAUAUCUAUAAUUGAGAGUGAAAAGGACGAGUUGGAAACGCGUUUACUCGCUUGGGCGGAGAAGGAGAGGCGAGACAUGGAAGAGCGAAUAGAAGGCUUCGCCGCCGCGCAAAGAAAAAUACUAGAAGAGAAACACGCCCAGGGACUGGAAGAAAUUGAGGAUGAGCAAAAGUGGUUCCAGACAAAAGUUGACAAUUGCGUACAAUGGCUGGAUAACAUGACGAAAGAAAAUGAGAAAGAGAUCGAAGAGAUCGCAAACUCCUUGGAGGUGUGCAAGAAGAAGACGCAAAGACAUGGAACGUCCGUUGAAGCGAUGCACGUGGACUGUGAGAAAGCCAACGUCCACUUGGUGGCUGCGUGCGACGAUUUGAUCGUAAACGCUCUUAAGAUUGUGGAGCAAGUGAAGGACAACUUUGUGAAUUCCAUUCGAGACACACAGGGAUAUGUGCACACUGAAACCGCCAAAGCCACGACCUCAACCGCAGAGAAAUUUUCAGAAGUGACCUUCGAGCUGGCUAGUGCUUUAGAUGCGCAUGCACACUCGUGCUGGCAAGCCGUCUGCGACCUGACACAAGAAGUUCAAAUUAAAACUACAAACAACAUUACUACUCUGUCCACGCUGUCCACGAGUAGCAGUGACCUCGCGACCUCAACGCAGCAGCAACAGAACCGCCAAGACGAAGCCCUCAUGAAAUUGCAGCAGGCCACGGAGCUCCACACCAGCUGCAUCGCCGAAGAAAUUUCACGACUCGAGAAACUUGAAAGCCGCUAUCUCAACGAAGAAUACGUCGUGUACACUCCAAGCGGCCGGACCCCAGCACGCAAGGAGUACAAGUACCCACGCAAUCUGACGACGACGUCUCCGCACGACAGAAUCCUGGCGCGGUACAGGGCCGCGAGACAACGGAAUCUCGACGACAGUAUCACAACGAUAAAUAGCGACUCGGACUCGGCCGAGUCGGAAGAUUCGGCCGGACAGAUCCCGCCAACGCGCGCCGCGCCGCCGCCCAUCGUCAAGUGCACCUCCGAGUCCGACAUAUUCGCGCAUCGGACGGCGACGCUGGGAAAGGAAAACAUGAAUCGCUCGAUGACGUUCAAGAAGCCCUCGAACAUUCCCUCCCUUUCCGCGAAGAAGUCCACCCUCUUAGGGGACAAAAACUGA